GGCGUUCGAUUUUAGUUGUUGAAUGAAGUUUUGUUCAUGUUCUUGCAUGGAUAUUUAAUAUUGUCACAGCUAGCCGGCUGAAACUUAUUUUAUUUUAUAAAGUGAUUAAUAAACAAAUUUAACAUGUGUUAAAAUAAAAAUAUCUGUCACUAGUGAACUUCAAUUCAUAAAAGUAAAGAGGAGCCGGUAAACGCAUUCGUCAUCAAAAAUGAGCAUCCUAAUAAUUUAUUCACUUUUCAUUUGCUAUCUGGUAAAAAGUGCAACUGGAUUAGGUGAAAUUAUUUACGCUAUAAAUGCAGGAGGACCUGCCCAUACAGAUAUAUACGGAAUUCACUAUGAAAAAGACCCAUUGCAAGGAAGAACUGGCACCGCUUCCGACUAUGGAAAACAAUUGGUUAUGAUAGGAAGAGUCAAUCCAAAAGAUGAAAUUCUCUAUCAAACUGAGAGAUAUCAUCACAGUACUUUUGGUUACGAUAUACCGGCUAACAAGGACGGCGAUUAUGUUCUAGUUUUAAAAUUCAGUGAGGUGUACUUCAAUGCGCCCAACAUGAAAGUAUUUGAUGUAGUUCUGAAUGGCGAUCACACCAUUGUAGCUGACCUAGACAUUUUUGACAAAGUUGGCAGAGGAGUUGCUCACGAUGAGUACAUCCCAUACUCAAUAAAAAAUGGCAAACUUUACUACAAUGAAGAAGAAUCUGACAUACGAGGAGGCAAAAUCAAGGUUGAAUUUAUAAAGGGGUACAGAGACAACCCUAAAAUUAAUGCCUUAUAUGUCAUGAGAGGUACAAUAGAUGAGGUACCGAAACUACCACCGUUAGUGUGGCCAGAAAACGAUGCUGAAGAACAAAGAGAUGAGGUUGAAGAAAAAAAUACUAAAUCCCGUAAAGCUAGUGGCCCUAAGCAGCCUGAUCCAUAUUCCAUGGAUGAGAGUUCAGUUUUGAUUCCAGUUUUCAUUACCAUUGGAGCGUUCAUUCCCUUACUCUUCUGCUUGUGUAAACUUUAAUCUCUUUAGUGUGUUUUCAAUUUGUGCACUGUUUCUUAAAGAAUUUUAUUUAUUAUAAAUCAUGACACAAUUAUGACUUUACAAAUUAUUUCAUUAUUUUGUAGUAUGACCUAACACCCAAUAUUGAUGCUAGUACAAAUCUCAUGUCAUUCAUUAAUACCCGUCCUGUUUGUUAUCAAUAUCAUAGUUAUUAGGCAAGACCUAAAUAAAAUACCUUUCAGCAACACACAUUGUGUAAAUAAAAUCUUGUUUCAGA